AUGCUUCUGGAAUCACAGGGCCCCGCCUUCCACCACCCCCUUUCUCCCAACACCGCUCCUCCACACCCUUCACACGCCCUCUCAGGCGUCGUGAUGACAAAUCCGGUCGUGGCACAGCUCACGGAGGAAGAGAUCGCCGGGUUCAAGGACUUCUUCUGCCUGUUCGACGAAGACGGCAAAGGAACCAUCACCGCCAAGGAGUUGGGGAACGUGACGCAGAAGCUGGGCCAGAAGUGGACGCACGCCGAACUGCAGGAAGCGAUCAGCAAGAUGGACACGCAAAAGAAAGGCAAGAUCGACUUCAACGACUUCCUGGUGCAGAUGGCCCAGCUUAAGAAGCACGUCGACCCGGAGGAGGAGCUGCGCCACGCCUUUCGCAGCUUCGACAUCGAUGGCAACGGAUCCAUUUCGCGCGAGGAGCUGCGACAGGCGCUGACAGGCCUUGGAAUAAAGCUGACUGCAGAGGAGGUGGAUGAAAUGUUCCGUGAAGGAGACCAGAAUGGUGAUGGUGUAAUUGACUAUGAAGAGUUCAAGAAAAUGAUGCUGGGGAGUUGA